UGAUCACAUUCACAGGAAGAAAAAAAAUGUCCUCUAUCUCUUUUUGUUGCUACAAUGGUGCUGCGGCUCCACCAACUUUUCUUCAUAAAGUUCCACUUCAACCAAUCACACUAACAAGAAGUAUACAACGAAGACAGAGCACAAUCACUACUUCUGCUUCAAAAGGAUUCUCAUUUAAUUCGAUAUUUUUUAAAAGCUGUAAAAGUUGCGAAGGCAAAGGGGCCAUCGAAUGUCCAGGAUGUAAGGGAUCAGGAAAGAAUAAAAAGAAUGGAAAUGUGUUUGAACGGUGGAAAUGCUUUGGCUGCCAAGGAUUUGGGUUGAUCAGUUGCCCCAGCUGUGGAAAGGGAGGGUUGACCCCAGAGCAAACAGGAGAAAGAUAAAGAAGCUUCAAACACAACCAACUUUUUUACUAGAGUGAAGAAUUUGGAGAUGGUGUAAAAUUACAUGAACUAGUGUGCAUGUGCAUGUGAAUAUAAUUAUGUUUUGAUAAUUUACAAGGCAAAAAGAAAAAUAUAGAUCAAGGCAAUCCAAGUCUUGUAUUAUGAGUUUAUUUACUUGAAAUUCAGAUGUUUUAGGAUAUUUAUGUGAGUAAUGUAAAAGCUCUCUUGACAUCAGA